AUGGCUCAGAACCCACCCUUUUUCCAACCGUUCCUGUUCUGCGUCUCUGAAGUCACAAUUCACAACAACCCGCAGCGCGCAGGACGAUCGACGCCCAAUGAUCGCUACUGGGUGCCACCUGCCGACAAGGAGGAAUUCAGUAAGCAGCAGCCGCCACAAUGGCGCGUCUGGAAUCCGGGACAACGGCAGUCGUUACAUGGGUUCAGACAUCUGCACAGACCUACUACAGAGACAAUCCGUGAUUUCCGCCAUACCAGAACUUGCUCCGUCUUUUGGGAUCCUGAACGACACGGCUACGUCUUGGUUCCAUACGACUGUACCAGGAUCAGCGAUUGCGAAACAUCUCCAUUCAACUGGCGUCGACUUUCGUUUGGUCAAAACAACACCCACCCCGACCGGCGCAUCGCGCUUGUCGGAUACGAGAUGACAUCUCACAAUCUUCCAUUUGCAGGGCCGCAAUCAUGGUUCGAUCAAUUGUUGAGCGACGUGUAUCGUGGCCAAGGCGCUGGAAACGGGCACAAUUGUGGUUUGGCGGGAAAUCUGGCAGUGCUCAUCGCCCUCAUAGCAUUUUCGGCCAACCGGGGAGACGCUUAUGCUGCGGUUGAUCAGUCUUUCCGUCCCGACAUCUCAAGCACCACCUUACGACCACACGGGCAUCCUGUGUCCCAUAGAAACCUUAGGCGCGGUAUCAUUGUCGAGAUCCGGGUGCAGGAUGAAACCGUGCUCAGAAACUGGGAGAUGGGCAUGUAUGGGCCUAUCUUUACCUAG